AUGAGGCUGACUCCAGCAGAAGAGAUGACGGUGGAGCAACUUACGCAUCAGAACAUAAAACCACGAGACAUUCUUGCUGCCAUUAAAGAAAAGAAUCCCCAUAAUGUAUCAACUAGAAACACCAUAUACAAGGCUUGGGCAAAAUUGGGUCGAAUGGAACAAGUCGGUAAGACUCCAAUGCAGAUGCUUUUCGACCGGUUGGAGACGGUUGGGUAUGUUUUUUACCAUAGAACAUCUGAAAACGGCGAACGGGUCGAGGAUGUUUUUUUCAUCCACCCGGACUCGAAGAUGUUGUGGCGCGCCUUCCCGCAUGUGUUGCUUCUAGACUCCACCUAUAAGACGAAUCAGUACAAAAUGCUGCUAGUUUAA